AUUUAGAAAACUUCUCCAAGUUUCUAUCACACAUUGAACUUUGAAUUCAUGGUCACUAAGACUAUUUUUGGAUAAGCAAUUACAUUUUAACCUUACUCUGGAAACCUGAAAGGAAGUAACUCUAAACUGUAAAGAGAAAGCAAAAGGGUUUGGUUGUAGCAUAUCAGCUAAAAGCCCAUUGUUACUGUAAGCCGAGGAAGAUUAUUCUCUGCAUCUCUGACUGUAGAAACAUAGAAGUUGCAUCAUGGGAAGAAAGUCACUGUACGUUCUGAUUGUGGGGAUCUUUGUAGCAUAUUACAAUUACAUGCCUAUCCCAGAUAAAUUUGAGGAACCCUGGAGACUAAUGCUGGUCAACACAUCACUGAAAAUUUUUCAAAAUUUGGUAACAUUUGUUGUUUUCUGGGAUUUUUACCAUUUUGCUGAGUUACUUGCACUAGCUUUAACCUUUGGAGAAGUCCCACCAACUUCAGAUGAAAAUGUCACUGUGACUGAGACAACGUUUGAUAAUGUUCCUGUGUGUGUAUAUGUACCGAAGAGAAAAGUGGAUGCGCAAAGAAGAGCUGUGUUUUAUAUUCAUGGUGGUUCUUGGUGUUCUGGAAGCCCUGCUUUAUAUAGUUAUGACUUACUCUCGAGAUGGACUGCAGAGAGACUGGAUGCUGUUGUCAUAUCAGUUGACCACAGAUUAGUACCUAAAUAUCAUUUCCCAAUCCAAUUUGAAGAUACAUAUAAUGCUUUAAGGUGGUUCUUAAACAGAAAUGUUCUUGAAAAUUACGGUGUAAACCCUGAGAGAAUCUGUGUUUCUGGAGACAGUUCAGGAGGGAAUGUAGCUGCAGCAGUUACUCAGCAGCUUGCAAGUGACCCAGAAGUCAAGACCAAACUCAAGAUCCAGGCUUUAAUUUAUCCUGCACUUCAAACUCUUGAUUUAGAUUCACCAUCAUUUCGAGAAAAUGCACAUAUGCCAAUUCUGUCUAAGUCCCUCUUGGUCAGGUACUGGAGUGAAUAUUUUACAACGGACAGAUCACUUGAAAAAGCCAUGCUUUCCAAUCAAUAUGUACCUGAAGAAUCAAGUCAUCUCUUCAAGUUUGUUAACUGGAGUUCCCUGCUCCCAGAGAGGUUUAGAAAAGGACAUGUUUAUAGCAACCCAACUUAUGGUAGUUCUGAGUUAUCUCAAAAAUAUCCUGGAUUCCUGGAUGUGAGGGCAGCUCCUCUGUUGGCAGAUGACAGCGAGUUGCGUAGUUUACCCCUGACGUAUGUCCUUACUUGUCAAUAUGACGUUUUGAGAGAUGACGGACUCAUGUAUGUCACCCGACUUCGGAAUGCUGGAGUUCAAGUGGCCCAUAAUCAUGUCGAGGACGGAUUCCAUGCAGCAAUUUCCUUUCUACAUCUCAAAAUUAGUCAUAGACUGAUACAUCAGUAUAUUAGUUGGCUAAACAUAAAUCUAUAGCAAAUCAUAUAUUCCUAAUACAUUUUUAAAAUACAGUAAAUGUGAAAGGAUCAUAAAAUUCACAUGGCAUUAAAUUGGUGUAUUUUGGAAAGGUCUAUUGAAGUUCCAUAUAUAGUAUAAUAAUUCUUGCUUAAAUAUCUUCUGUCCUUUUUGUUACUCAGAAUGAUUUCAUUCAACAUUUCUCAUUGCAAAUGUGCUAUGCCUGCCAACCCUCCCUGUGUAUUGUAAAUUUAACUUUUUAAAACAUUUUUUUCUUGUACAAUAUAUCUUCUGUGUGUUGGUAAUCACUCAUAACUGUAAGAAGAGAAAUAUAAGAAAGAUUGUAUAUCCAUGUUAUAAAAAUAUCUUAGUCAAUGCACAGGGCUUGAAAUACUCCUAGUAACUGAUACAGGUUGAAUCUCAAGUCUUUUUUUUUUUUUUUUAAGAGGAAAAAGAGAAAAACACAAAACAAAACAAAGCAGUGUAAGGUUACAUAUAAUACAGAACUACAAAAAAAAGCAUAACAGUAAGAAAUCACCUGUUAAUAGAUUACAUAUUAUCAUCUUGGAAAUAGUUGCUCAAAUCACAGUAUCAAAGAAUACAAAGUAGACAUUCAAACAGAGAGACUACAAACAGCUGUGUUCAAUGAUCCAAAAACAUUAAUAUAGUCAGCUAUUCAACAUCCCUAUACACACUUGCUGUUAUAUCCGUUAGAGCUCUUUUUUCCCCUUCCUCUCUUUUUACAACAAAAUUUACACAUUUUGGAUUUUAUUACUCCUUAGUUCUUAUUACUUUUGGGGGGGGGAGAAUAAAGUCAAAUAUGGCAGAACAAAGCUGUCAGUGAAAACCAAGGAUAGACUUAGCACAUGAUGUAGAACAGAGUAUACGGUUAUUAACAAUAGUUAUCAACGUUGUCUCUUGUUUCCUUAAAAAGAUUUGUCUAUCUCAUUAGAUAUUAUAAAGUUGGACAAAACAGUAGAGAACAAGACCAAUAAAACUUAGACAUUGUAAACAUUACAGGACUUCCAAAGGAGACAAUAGUCAAACCAGAAUGGGCAUCUUAGUGAAUCUUACUGCCUUCAAAGUAGUUGCCUAUACCCUCGGACCUGAUACUAUCCCACAGAAUGGAACAGAGUCUAAUCAGUCAAAACAAGAUCGUGGGAGCAUUACAGGACUUCAAAACAAGUUAAUAGAAAAUCGAAAAGAGUUACUAUUAUAUAUCCUAAUUUUUUAAAUUUUUCCCUUAAUUAAAAUAAACAUAAGAAAUAACUAAAUAAUUUUUUUAAAGAAUAAUAGUUACCAUAGUGUCUGUCUUUUUCCUUGAGAUAUUUGGAUAAAACUUCAUAUACUAUAGCUUCAAAUAUUUCCAUAUCAAGAAG